UGAGGGACAUUUGCAAGUAUUUUUUAGGGCUAAUUCUAAGGGUAAUAACAUAUAAAAAAGACCAAGUGCUAAAUUUGAUGUCAGUGUAGCUUUAGGUGGAAUGACACUGAGCACUUCUUCAGUGAAUGUAUCUAAGAUGCAAAUCACCACAGUUCAGAGAAGUAGGAAAAAAAUUCAAAUACAUAGUAAAAUAUUUCUUCCUGCCCAGUCAAACUCUGUCUGCUCCACAUGCCAAAAGACAAGUCACUGAGAAAGUUUAAACCCAAUGCUAUCCCCCCCAAAAUCCUUACCAAACUCUUCAAACUUCAAGGUGUUUUGUGUGGGCAACAUAGUUUAUGUGUCAAAAAAUAAUCCUGCCUAAAUAAUCAUCCUUCCUCUUUUUAAGUUAAAAAAACUGAAGAAUGAAAUCUUAUGCGAUGAAUUUUUGAAGCCGCUUUGCAUUGGACUACCAUUUCUUAUGGCAGUUAUUUUGAUUUUUUUAAUGCAGUUUCACAUUAUGUCAAUAUUAGCUUUUCAACAAAAAUCUAACAUUGAAUAUUAUUACAUUAUUUUCAGUAACACAAAAUAUUCAGUUGUCUCCAAAAAAAACCCAAAUAAUGUGUCUUCCUACAAAGUCCGCACAAGAUCCACGUGUAAACCAGUUAGGGAUGUGUCUGAAAAUAAUUAAAAUACACCCAUAUACCGAGUUUUAGUGUGGAAUCUACACAGAGUUUACAACUGGACAGUUGUGUGUCUCAAUGGUACCAGCAUCUUUGGCAUAAUCUGGCAUCCUGGGGUUACAAAUGUGUCCUCUAGACUUUGUAUUUGCCAUCACUCUAAUACUGUGUAAUACUGAAGUUCCACCUCUGCCCCAAAUAAACAAAUCACAUCAGUCAAUUUCUUUUUUUUAAUGACAGUGAAGUUUAAAACAAACUUUUUUUAAUCCAGGCAAAUCUAAGCAAGCAAAAAUUUUGCCUAGAUUUGCCUGGACUAAUAAAAGAAAGAUGUGCACACUCACACAGAGACCACAGAGCAGCAUCAUGAUGGAGAGGAUCUGGCUGGGUAUCUUCUAUCUCUUUGGGUGGCACAUCUCCACCUGCCUCUCCUUUCAGUACCACUUUGUUGCUGAUUACAAGACUUGGACUGAUGCUCAGACCUACUGCAGACAGACGUACACAGACCUGGUCACCAUUCAAAAUGCUGAAGAAAUGAAUCAACUUAUCAAAACAGUUUCAUCUGCUAGCUUGACAACUCAAUAUGUCUGGAUUGGUCUGUACAGUGAAAUUGACUGGAUGUGGUCAAACGGGUACACAGGGACUGGGGCUGACUAUAAGAGCUGGUCAUCCACCGAGCCAAAUUUUUACGAUGAAAAUGAAUUCUGUGUAGUGAUUGAACAAGGUGGAUUAUGGUACAAUUAUUUUUGCUCAAGUGAGAAUCCAUUUAUCUGUUACAAUGGAACACAGCUGAAUCCUGAGUUUAUUUUUGUAAAUCAAAAAAUGAAUUUGUCUGAUGCUCAGAGCUACUGCAGGGAGAACUACAUCGACCUAGCCACUGUGACCAGCAGCAGUGAGAACCAGGUGGUCCAGAGCUUUGUGCCCAAUAACGACUGGGCGUGGAUCGGUCUAUUUAGAAAUCCAAAUUUCUUUUGGUCUGAUGGAAGCAGCUUCAUCUACAGCAACUUUGGUGGCGGCGAAAACCAAAUUGGUUCAAUGAAAGUCAUUUGUGGCUUUGCAUCUUUGUCGAAUUCAGGAAAAUGGAAGUUUUGGUCUUGUAACUCAGUGUUACCAUUUGUCUGUUACAGCAACUCUCCUGCACCCCUGCAAACCCAGGUGUUGAAGCUGAGGAUAAACAUGCAAACUUCUCUGGAACUGAACCUCACUGUGCAAGAGGACCUCCUGAAAAUGUUCCGGUACAGACUGAAGGAGAAAGGAGUGAAUGGAGUUACUCUGAAGCUCUCUGAUGGGGAAGUCUAUCAGAAGGAGGAGCACCUAACCAUAACCCAGAAUAUGUCCUGCAAACCAAUAUGCUGACUUCAAUAUAUUAUAAAAUGUCAGUAUGUUGCUCAGCAUUCGUGUACUUUGUGUGUGCUUGCUUUGACAUAAUCACUGUUUUUGCCAUUUAGUCACACGCAAAAUAGUGUGUCCUUUCAGAGGCUGGUGUGUGUUUGCCUACAACCUUUGAUACUAAAUCAAUGUGAUGGUCACUUUUUUUAUUGUAUAUUAGUUAGCACCCAGCUGAUGUGUGUUUGUGGUGUUUGUGUAACUUGUUUUUGUCUUAGACGAUUUUUUUCAUGACCUAAUACUCUAUACUGUUUUUAGUUUUUACAUCUUUAACUUAUGUUUAAGGAUAAAUAUACUUUUAAAACACAGCAAAAGUGAACUGAUACAAUAAAAAUAUUGCUAACUUAAAAAAAAAUAUUUAAAUUGUUUAUCAUCUUGACUGAUAAGUGAUAUGCACCACUGCAUAAGUCACACAUGAAACACAUUGAGGUUUAACAAUAGUACAGACUCAUUGCAGUCAUUCAUGUUGAGUUCUUAGCAUUUAGGGAUUUUUCCGUUUUGCUUUUAGGAGGUUCUUGUGUUGGACUGAGAGUGAUUUAUCCAUGUGUGCCUUAGGCAGUCACUGAGUUCAUUAAUAUUAUUAUGUGAAAUGUUUUUUAAAAAAAAGAGAACUGUCGUCACAAUA